AACGAUGAAACCGAAUCAUGGCGUUCUGACAACUUCGGAACAGAAGAGAACGUUGAGAUGCCCGACAACAAAAACAAAAGUGAUUACAGCUAGAACGCUAUAGUUCGUUGAAGAUUCCCACCCGCCAUGGAAAUUCGUCUGUGCGAUUUUCAAUAAUUUUUUUUCUUUCAAACAAUAUUGAAUUUCCAUGGCACAAAUUCGUUGAGAGAGAGAGAGAGAGAGAGAGAGAGAGAUUGGCCUCGUACAAGGCAAUGCGGUUUUCGACGCUGAGUAGCCUAAGAUGCGCAACUCUGAUUUUGGGAAUAUUCAACUUGUUGGUAAUGGUUCUGGGUGGAGUUCUGAUGGUUGCGGCAUAUCAAGGUUGUCGACGGGGAGACGUUCUUCCAUUUGCAGUUGUUUCCGUCACCGCUGGUGUAAGGAUAAUGUCAAUGAUCGGUGCCGGGAUUGCGCAGGAAGCUAUAGCAACGACGAUUCUCAGUUCUCCAGCUGAGAGUUCUAUUAUUGACGCGGUUGUCCGCCGCCAAACACGGAUGAGGUAUAAAAGAUGGCUAUGGUGGACACGGUUUGCAAUGAUGAUUACCGUUUUGCAAUUUAUGGGAGCAGUUUAUUUAAUGAUCAUUGCAGUGAAUUAUAUUUCUCACUAUGGAAAAUCAAGUGACUGCUUUCUAGGGAGAGACCCCAAUACUGAAAGCUGGAAGCAAAAUUUACUGCUCUUAUUUCUGAUAUCAGUGUCCUUUAUGGUAGUUAUACAAUGCUUUACGGGAUUUGAUAUAUUAAAAUGGCGGUCCUUUUAUGAAACUCAUGACAAUGUAUGGAAAGCCCAUUACCGGGAGGUAUUUGAUCAUGGAAUUCGUGAGGCUUUGUGCUGUCUGGGGCGUGUCAAAUACCUGAGUGUAUUGGAGGAAGAUGAGGUUUACUUGGUGGCACAGCUAUUGGGUGAUCUUGUUACUUAUCGUGCAUCAGGCACUGGACAUUUGGAAUUCUUGGCAGGACUUGCUUUAUUGCAGCAACAUAGUGAACUCACACAGUCAUAUGAAGAGCUUAUGGAGGUACCAGGAGAGCUUAUUCGAGAGGCUGCUGCAUUUCAUCACUUUGCUGAGGCUGCCUACACGGGUCCACUGCUUGAUUUUGGAAGAAAUCCUGUCAUAUUUCCUUGUUCAUGGCUCUAUAGGCAAGGGGUAUUAACCCCAUGGACUCGUAACAGGCGGCCUAAACUUGAAGGUGAUAACUGGUGGAGAGGACAUGCGGCAGCCUUUUUGAAAAAUGCUAAUAUACCACCAGAAUCACUUAGGAAAGGGCGUGUUAGUCAGGCAAAGCGUGAAGCUGCAUACUUUGUCGUGGUUCUGCAUCAUUUGAAAUCAGUAGUGAUUGCUGUACGUGGAACUGAGACUCCCGAAGACCUUAUAACUGAUGGGUUAUGCAGAGAAUGCUCUCUUUCAGAGGAAGAUUUGGAUGGACUGAUUAAUAGCAAUUACAUUCGGUCUGAUGUAAAGCAAAAUGUUAUCUCAUCUUUUCCCCAUUAUGGGCACUCAGGGAUAGUUGAGGCUGCAAGAGAGCUCUUCAUGCAAAUUGAUGGGCAACCUGAAAAUGGAGAUAAUCUACGUGAAGCCACUGGACUUCUUUCAUCAUUGAUGGGAGCUGGAUGUGAAUGUUUCGGGUACAAAAUUUACGUUGUUGGGCAUUCCCUAGGUGGUUCAAUUGCUGCAUUAUUGGGAAUUCAGUUGUAUCACCGAUAUCCAAACUUGCAUGUGUACUCUUAUGGGCCACUUCCAUUUGUUGAUCCAGUGAUAGGAGAAGCAUGUCAAGACUUUAUUACAAGCAUUGUAUACAAUGAUGAAUUUUCUUCACGCCUUUCUGUUAGAUCAAUCCUGAGACUUCGUGCAGCUGCUAUCCAGGCAUUAUCUGAAGAUCCUGCAGCUAAUUCAGCAAUGAUUUGUAGGCUUGCCAAUAAAAUUUUGCAUGUAAGCAAGUACCAAAGUGGUGGGCAGGAAGUUAAGAUUUCCACUCCUUCACCAUCUGGAAUUGUGACAUCUGAGGACAACAAUCACCAAAUGUAUAAGAGAAGAUCCUAUAAAUAUACUAUUAAAGGGAAUUCUGAACAGGACAAAGACUUGACAUUUCAGGAAGCAACUGACCUCAUUAGCAAUUCAGAUGCUGCCAUUCUAAAUGAUAAUCCUGACGAAUCUAACUGCUCACCUCCAUGCUUUGAGAAUUCUGCUGAUGGAGUUUUAUGUGAAAAUCCCGUGUCUGCAUUUAUGGACCAUGUAUCUUCAUCGAAUACACAAACAAGAGGUCCUCAGGAGGCUUACCUACCUGGCCUUAUUAUUCAUAUAGUACCAGAACAAACUGGAAAUUAUUUGUCCUUGUGGAGAGGCUGGAGAUUUCAUGACAGUGGUCAUCGUUACAGAGCUUAUAUUGCAAACAGGGAAAACUUCAAGGAUAUAAAUGUGUCACCAUUUAUGUUCCUAGACCAUCUUCCCUGGAGAUGCCACUAUGCCAUGCAGAAAUUAUUGGAUACUGGAAAGGCUAAUGAUCAACAUGAUGGUUCACAUAUGGUUUAAACACAUCUCAUCGAGGCAUUUCUUCUGUUACUUGUCUUUCAUAUUGCUUCAUAUUAAUUUAGGUUGACUUAUACUGGUUUUGGGAGUGGCACAGGGGACUUAGGUAUCCUUUCCAUGGGAGUGGCACCAGAGCCUUAGAGGUUCGGCCGUCCAAUACACCCUUAACGACAGAUGAUGUAGAGAGAGAGAGAGAUUGUAAAAUCAUUUUUACGACCAUGUAAAAGUUCUACAUCAAGAAAGCUGUAUUCCUAUUGCUGUACAUGACAAAUGAGGUAUUAGUUGGCUGUCCCGGGUUUGCUUGGAGCUAAAAGGAUGCAUUCAAAUGUGUCUAUUGUCAUUGUAAUGGCCUAGGCAGUAGAGAUACGGUCUAUGUACUAGAAUUAGGAUGUUUACUUUCUAUAUACAUUACAGCAACCAAUAUAUUUACAAUAAGCCUAUUUCCCAUUUAUGUGCCUAUUGUCAUUGUAAUCUUCAAAUGUUGCAAAAUCUAUGCUUUAUUCUUGUACUCUGCAUUUUGCAGAUACAAAGUUGUAAAGUUGAACACGUUUCAGUUAUUGACUUUAUUGCUUUUUCUUUU